GGAUGACACUCUUUAUUCUCGUGAGCAUUUUCCUCUUGCAUCUCAUCCAACAACCUUCCUAGGUACCAACGACUCAGAUCCGAAUCAAGAGAUUAUACCCUUUGGAGGAGACUUCUCACUUAUCGGUCAACAUCUAGCCAGGGUCAAAGAGGCCUCGAAGGCUGUUCAUCACCUCAUCCCAGACACAAAAGAGGCCAUCUUAUACGAGAGAGUGCGACCUUACCAAGCCGUCAAGAUGGGUCUUUCGAUAGGAAAUAGGAUCCUCCGAAAAAUUGUCAAAAAUGAGGCUAUGGCAGAAGAUCCCCCAGAGAUCUAUGGCUGGCGUGUCUAUCUCCUAGCGUGCUCUGCCUGCUUCGGCGCCAUGUCUUUUGGCUGGGAUUCCUCCGUCAUCGGCGGCGUCAUUGAACUCGAACCCUUUAAACACGACUUUGGCUUCAUCGGCAACGAUAAAGCCAAGGCCAACCUGGGCGCCAAUAUCGUCUCUACCCUCCAAGCCGGCUGCUUCCUCGGUGCGCUGAUUGCCUCACCUAUAACCGAUCGCUUCGGCCGCAAGUGGUGUCUCGUCGCUGUCUCCCUGGUCGUCAUCAUCGGUAUCAUCAUGCAAGCCGCCGCCUCAGGCAACCUCGCACCCAUGUACAUAGGCCGUUUCGUCGCCGGCGUGGGCGUCGGCGCCGCCAGCUGCAUCAACCCCGUCUUUGUGUCUGAGAACGCUCCCCGCUCGAUCCGCGGUCUGUUGACGGGCCUCUACCAACUCUUCAUUGUCACCGGCGGCAUGAUCGCAUUCUGGAUCAACUACUCCGUCUCUCUGCACUUCAAGGGCAAAUCCAUGUACAUCUUCCCGCUCGCCAUCCAAGGUCUUCCCGCCGCCCUUUUGUGCGUCUGCAUGCUCCUCUGCCACGAAAGCCCGCGCUGGCUGGCCCGCCGCGACCGAUGGGAAGAAUGCAAGUCUGUGCUGGCGCGCAUCCGCAACCUCCCCCCAGACCAUCCGUACAUCGUCGACGAGUUCCGCGAAAUCCAGGACCAGCUCGAACAGGAGCGUCGUCUCCAGGGCGAUGCCACCUACUGGGACUUGACCCGCGAUAUGUGGACCGUCGCCGGCAACCGCAAGCGUGCCCUGAUUAGUAUUUUCUUGAUGAUCUGCCAGCAGAUGACGGGCACCAACGCCAUCAACACGUACGCGCCUACCAUCUUCAAGAACUUGGGCAUCACCGGCACGUCGACGAGCUUGUUCAGUACCGGCAUUUAUGGUAUCGUCAAGGUCGUCAGCUGCGUCAUCUUCUUGCUGUUCUUGGCCGACUCGCUUGGUCGUAGACGUUCGCUGCUGUGGACGUCGAUUGCGCAGGGUCUUGCUAUGUUUUAUAUCGGCCUUUAUGUCCGCAUCUCGCCGCCGAUUGAUGGCCAGCCGGUGCCGCCCGCGGGUUAUGUAGCGUUGGUGUGCAUCUUUUUGUUUGCUGCUUUCUUCCAAUUUGGCUGGGGCCCUGCCUGCUGGAUCUACGCCUCGGAAAUCCCCGCCGCCCGCCUGCGCUCCCUCAACGUGUCCUACGCCGCCGCGACGCAGUGGCUGUUCAAUUUCGUCGUGGCCCGCGCCGUGCCUACUAUGCUGGUCACGGUCGGCGCCCACGGUUACGGCACCUACCUCAUCUUUGGCAGCUUCUGCCUCAGCAUGUUUGUCUUUGUCUGGUUCUUCGUGCCCGAGACAAAGGGUAUCUCGCUUGAGCACAUGGAUGAGCUGUUUGGCGUUACUGAUGGGCCUGCCGCUGAGAAGUCGUCGGUGCAAGGUGGAGAUGAUAUCGGGUCGGAGAUGGGGAAGGGGGAUCAGAAGUCGAAGCAUGUGGAGGUUUAUGUUUAAGUCCUUGUUUUUUGGUUGUUUUUGAGUAUGAGAAGGGUCAAGAAAAGAAGAGAUGUUUUGAUGACUUCUCAAUUCAGGGAGACAAAGGAAGUUACAGUCGCCUUCGUCUCCUAGUAUGAGAUAGAUGAAUGAAUGAAGAUAUCUUCUCGCGAUUUACGGAGGAUUAUGGCACCAUGUUAGUAGUCAUGGAGCUUGCUUUAUACUUAACGGUUAAUACUUGUGGAGGUCAACGUUCACAACAUGUGUUGACGUUCAAGACCAUUAAGACACCGACCGUUCAGUUGCCUCUACAAGGAAGUCGUGCGUCAGGAAUACAGCACCCGCGUUCAUCUC